CGUCAACCACGGCCACGGUGCACCUUUUUCUUUUCCUUUAGCCGCUUACAUACUCGACAGAGCACAUAGCGAGAAAGAAAGAAAUGAAAAUAAAAAUAAAAGGACUGCCUGGACUGACGCAAGGCUACGAGUACGUACUAGUCCUAGGCAUACUAGGCACCAUAAAGUACAUAUACCAAAAGCAGAGGUACCGCCGGAGCAUCAGGCCGCGUAAGGCCCGUUGCAGAUUGGUCAGGAAGAGACAAGUGCCCGAGCUGAAACAAUCAGAAGUGGCCCAAGCGAGCAGAGAAGCAGUAAAGCGAGUGGAAGGCAAAUGCAGAGCACCAUAUUCGAAAUAUAUCAGGCUAUAUUAGGCUAAUUGUCUGGCACAUCGUGAUAUGGCAGUGGCAAGCCUCGAACAGCUGAACUCUCCCUGAACCGUGAGCCAGUGAUUCUAUGAUGCUAUUUGCUGGAGGCCGUUAGGGUCUGAUUCGUGGCUGUG